AUGAACUAAUGAAAAUCAGACAUUGCUUUUGAAUUGUGGUUCAACAGAAUCAUUUUAAAAAACAACUAAUGAAACCAACAAAUUUUGGUUAUUUCACAUGAGAUAUUAUUUUUAUUUUCUGGUUUUGUCCGUGUACUGGUUUGAAGUGGGCAUGAUUCAGUUGAGAAAAGGUGAUAUCCCUCACCUCCGUGCACCAAUCAGAAAGCAUUUAUAUCAAAAUCUAGUGACAGUUGUGGUGUUGUUUGCUCACGUUGCCAGGCCACUGUCCAUCAAAUCUGAUAAAUCACACUGUCCCAAUGAAGCCGACUAAGAUUUUAAAUUCGCUAAAGACUUGAAACCAUGUUGUCAGGGGUUUAAAGUAUAAAAAGCAAAAAUAUUUAUUUUGCAGAAUGGCCCUUUCCAUACUGAUUAUUAUUAUAAAUAUUUGUAUUAUUACAGUUGACACUUGUAAGCUUCAUUUAAAUGGUGCAGUUCAUAGGGGUUGAGCAAAUGUUAUCUACUAUCGCUCAGUUUAAUGUAUUGCAAUGCAUCAUAUAUUAUUAUUAAUAAUAAUAAUAAUAAUAAUAAUCUGCAAUAUAACGAGUAAAUAUUUGUCAGAUAAAUGCAAAAACUACAAUAUGACCUCUGAGUAGUAGUGGAGUAGAAAUAUAAGGUAGCAUCAAAUGGAAGUACCUAAAUUGUACUAUACUAUACUAUAUAGAGUCACUAUAAUGUAUGUAGUGUAAUUUAACAGAACUAAUUUCUUUAGAAGAGUUGUCAUUUUGGAGCAUUGAGGUGGGAAGAUGCAUUUCUUUACUGAACUGUCGGGAAAAUAUGACUACAACUGUCAUCAGUUCAGAAACGCUGCUUUAAAUUCCACAGCAGUGACUGCUGCCAUUAGUGUUCCUCACACGGUGUGUCAGGCCAGGAGAGUCCGCCGCUAAUAUUCCCACAGAGCUUUGCUCCGCUCCACUGCCCAUCAGGUACAGCAGCCCCCCUUAAAAGUGUGUGCUGGUGGGACGGUGGGAGGGGGAGAUCAUCGUGGUUCCAAGCUGUUGCCUAACCUAACAAGGCAGGGAGAGUCACAGUCUGCGGAGUCUCGGGGGAAAUUUAGGAGGAUCACGAGUCGGGCUCACUCCUCUAGGACAAACUCUGAAAAACUGGAGGAAGGCAGGAUUCGUCCUCAGACAGUUGCAGGUGAUGCAUCACUUCUAAUUGGGCACCAAGGACAGCUGAAGGUGAUUCAGUCAUGCAUUGCCAUGUGUGACUGGACUCAUCUAUAAGCUGCUCUCCCUAGAAUCUGCAUAAAAGGCCACCAGCUUAAGUUCUGCAAAAGUAUUUCUAAUUUAUUCAGAAUUAACACCGCAGGAAGCGAAUCAUAUGGUUUCAGCUCAGGCUUUUCUGACUUCCCUUUUACUACUGGAGGAAUGAGACAACAGACUGAUAGUGGACAAACACUAAACUGCAUGCUGCCCUGCCAGCUCUACAUUCAUAAAGACGUAGGGAGAAAGUCAAACACUAUUUCUUGCUGAUUAUCACAGUAUUGACAUCUACGCUGCUCCAUGCACUGAACUAAAUGACUUUGCUGCUGCAAGAGUCUACACUAAUGGACCAAGAAGGUGGAGCAUAUCACUCGAUGACUUAGAUCUUUGCACCUGCUUCACGUGCGUCAAAGAAUUCAUUUUAAAAUGCUAUUAUUGGUUUAUAAACACAUUUCUGAUCUGCCACUAUGUAUCAGUUUUUAAUGCACCACACAUCUGGAACAAACUCCCAGAAAACUCUUGGUUAUUUUAAAUCAGGAACGUUUUUGUUUUUCACUGCUUUUUAUUAAAUCAAAUAUGGGACUUAGUUCAGUUUAUUCUGUUUUAUUCAAUUUCAGUUUAUUUUUGAUCUUCUAAUUUAUUGUAUUUGUUUUAAAUACUUUUUAAUAUUACCUUGUGUUUAUUUUAUAUAUUUUUUUUAUGCCUUUUUAUGCAAAGCACUUGCCUUGUUGUUGGAAGGUGUUCUGUAAAUAAACUUGCCUAUCUUUGCCUUACUAAAAUUGAUAUACAGUAUAAAACUAAGUGUUGGAAUUGCCUCAUAUUGUGCACAGUGCAUAUAGAAAAAUAAACAUUAUAUUUAAAUGACUAUAAAAAUCUGUGAUGUGUUUUCAAAACAGGAAACUGACCAUCAAAUUAACCCAAAAUGAUUAUAAUAAACCAACAGGUUCGCUGUCUAUUUAAUGGAAUAUCAUCUUUCAUCUCUCCACGACUGUGACGAGAGCAUUAUGCACAGUUUCAUGACCCAUACUUUGUAGGUGGACUACAGUUUAAUAAUUGGUUGCAGAACAAACAUAUUCAUACAAAGGGAUGUCAGAGCUUGAAUUAGCAGAAUAUAUGACACAUCUUCUAGUUUAACAAAGGUUUAUGUAUUUAUGGGAUGAUCCUGUCUAAUAAAGAGGAACCUCAGAGUUAAUUAAUCAACCACAACAGCAGGAUGGAUUUGACUCUUUAACUACUGGACUAUUUGCUCUUUUGAAAGAUAAUCUAAAUAGAACCGUUCAUUUAAAAAGGUUUUCUGAUAUUUGUCUCCAUAUAUGUCUUUGUUUCUUCAUGAUUUCCACGCUCUGCUUGCCGUUUACUCACUUUCACAUAAUCACCUCCUGAAUUGUCUGUGUACACUGAUUUACAUACUCUGUCAUCAUUGGUUGCCUGGAUGUUACACUUCAACAGGCUGCCUUCUGCUGAUUGGCUGCAAGCUGCAGGAGGGCAUGGAAGCUCUCUCACCAAAACAGGCAUAAAUAGGCAGCUGUGGGAUCAGAAAUACAGAGGAGCAUCCGAUAAGCAACGUUGAGGAGCUUUAUAGACUGUCAGCUUAACAAACCAGGCAGGUGAAACAAAGCAAGAAAAGAAGCUCAAGAAGAAGACUUACAAGAAACUGCUGAAGGGGAGAUUUUCAAGGAACACUAUAUAGAAAGUCAGUGACAGGUGUUGGUUUGCAGUGUCAGUUUUGCAGCAGCUGUAACCACUGAGAGGAAGUGAGUAAACAGAGAAAGUUUUGCCAAAAAGAAAACCUUCCCAAAAAGCAUCAUGUCUCUGGAGGUGAAGGAGAAGACGCAUGUGCGUCUAGUCUUUCUGGGGGCAGCAGGAGUGGGCAAGACAGCCCUGAUCCGACGCUUCCUCCAAGACACAUUUGAGCCCAAACACCGGCGCACAGUGGAGGAGAUGCACAGCAAGGAGUAUGACAUCGGCGGGGUCAAGAUCACAGUAGAGAUCCUGGACACCAGUGGCAGCUACUCCUUCCCGGCCAUGCGCAAGCUCUCCAUCCAAAACAGCGACGCCUUCGCACUGGUGUACGCCUUGGACGACCCCGAGUCACUGGAGGCUGUCAAGACUCUCCGAGAUGAGAUUCUGGAGAUCAAGGAGGACAAGUACACGCCGAUCGUGGUGGUGGGGAACAAGUUGGACCGGGAGCAGGAGCGUCAGGUGUCCAACAAGGACGUGCUGUCGACCGUGGAGAUGGACUGGAACAACAGCUACCUGGAGGCUUCGGCAAAGGAGAACUCCAACGUGGUGGAGGUGUUCAAGGAGCUCCUGCAGCAGGCAAACCUCCCCAGCCGCCUCAGCCCCGCGCUGCGGAGACGCAGGGAGACCUUUCCAAAUGACGCCAACUUCCGGCCGCCCAUGAACAAGACCAACAGCUGUAUUCUGUCGUAAUAACAGACAGGAGAAGUGUUGUUUUGUUUCAUGAAGGGACAAAAAAGUGAGAGCACUCAAAGGAGAAAAGCUUGGACUUCAGUCUAAAGUGGCUGAGAUGAGUGAUUCUGGACCAGCAGAGACACUUCAGGGUUCACAACUGAGAGGAAAAGAAACUGAAGAGGUGUUAAGACUUGACUUGACAGACUCCCAGUGGAAAGAAGGAAGAUGCAUUAAUCACUCAGUUGUUUACUCGAUGUAUGUUGUUGCUGCUUAUUUGGUGACAUGCUGCUGGUGUUUAGAUCAAUGUAUACCUUUUGGAUUUUAAAUGAAAAUGUUCUCUUAUAAAGAUUUGGACCGUUGCUAACAGACUGUUUACUAAUGGAAAGUGUGUAUAUAAUGUUGUUGUACGUGCCAAAGUUGUAUAUGUCACAUUUUAAAUUGUUUUAAUUUAAUAAUUCAGUGUAUGUAGCACAUCAUAAUGUUUACAUUUUUUUGUAUUCAAUUCCAAUUUGCCAUUAAGCAUAUUACUCGUUUAAAAAAAAUGCAAAUGUAAACUGUUGCACUUGUCUUUUUUUAAAUGAUCUUUCAAAAUUAUGUUUUACGGUUGUUUUUUCUAUAAUUUUUUUUUUUUUAUUAUGGCAUAUUCUCACAAAUGUUAUUAUUUUGCUGUUUAUUUCACAAAUGUAAGUGGAAUGUGGAUUUAAAAGUGUAAUAAAAGAUAUAAGCACAAAAAAA